AUGGAUGUCAAACCAGCUCCCAACGGUGUGGCCACUAUCGAGGACAGAAUCUUACGCAUCACUGGAUACUAUGGCUACUACCCAGGUUAUUCCAGCCAGAAACAUUCACCACAUUCUUCAAUUCCCCGUUGUCUGUCUGGAACCAACUAUACCAACUCAUGCAAUGGUACUAAAAAGAAGCAUUGUCAUGUAACAGUAACUGAUGAUUCAUGUUGCAUUUCUGAAAUGGAAAACAGAAGUGGCUGCGGUAUAGGGGGGGGCAGGAUAGAGAGGUUCAGUUUCUCUGGAGGCGAAGGGGCGCAGUCAAACGCAGAGAAUAACCCUGAAAACCAUGAGAAGUCUCGUUGUCAGUCAUGCACUUCUACGUUCCUUAAAAUCGUCUGGGGUUUCCUAAUCAUUCUGUCUGUGUCAUCUUCCUGGGUUGGAACCACACAGAUUGUCAAAAUCACCUACAAAAGCUUUCACUGCCCUUUCUUCAUGACCUGGUUCUCAACAAAUUGGAACAUUAUGUUUUUUCCUGUAUAUUAUUCUGGACACCUAGCAACAGCUCAAGAAAAGCAGCCACUGCUCCAAAAAAUCAGGGAAUGCAGUCGUAUUUUUGGGGAUGAUGGCCUGACUCUGAAACUCUUUGUUAAAAGAACUGCUCCGUUUUCUAUAUUAUGGACUUUGACUAAUUACCUCUAUUUGCUGGCACUGAGAAAGCUGACGGCCACAGACGUAUCUGCUCUGUUCUGCUGUAACAAAGCAUUUAUGUUCCUGCUCUCCUGGAUCGUACUGAAGGACAAGUUCAUGGGUGUACGGAUUGUUGCAGCCAUUAUGGCAAUUACAGGAAUCGUCAUGAUGGCCUACGCUGAUGGGUUCCACGCUGACUCCAUAAUUGGUGUCGCUUUGGCUGUUGGGUCUGCAUCUGCAUCAGCACUGUACAAGGUUUUAUUUAAGAUGUUUCUUGGGACUGCAAAUUUUGGCGAAGCGGCUCAUUUUUUUUCAACAAUGGGCGUCUUCAAUCUAAUCUUCAUUUCAUGCACACCAAUUAUUCUAUAUUUUACCAAAGUAGAACAUUGGUCAACCUUUUCCUCUUUACCUUGGGGGUAUCUGUGUGGCAUUGCCGGACUUUGGUUAGUUUUUAACAUAUUGAUAAAUGUUGGAGUUGUUCUCACGUAUCCAAUUCUGAUUUCUAUUGGGACAGUUCUCAGUGUGCCAGGUAAUGCAGCUAUCGACCUUCUUAAACAUGAAGUGAUUUUCAGUGUUGUAAGACUGGGGGCAACAAUCAUUAUCUGCAUUGGUUUUCUACUUAUGCUUCUGCCGGAAGAGUGGGAUGAGAUAACCCUUCGAUUCAUAAACAGCUUGAAGGAAAAGAAAGCCGAAGAACACACAGAAGAAACGACAGAAUCCUACGUACACACCCGGAGCAAAAGCAGGGCCAACGGCACAGUGUCUAUACCACUAACUUAAAUUCACCAUCAUUUGAAUGCACGCGAAUGUAUAUUCUGUGAAUAUAUUUUAUUUAUUUCACUAAUUGUAAUGUAAUAUGACAGUAUUAAUCUGCAA